GGACGAUCCGAUCCUAUGGGGCAUUCUUCCCCUCAGCUACAUGUUCAACCCGGAUAAUCUGCGUUGGGGACUUGGGAGUUAUGAUUUGUGCUUCACGAACAAAGGGUUGUCAACUUUUUUCACUUUCGGCCAAGUUCUCCCCACGCACCGCUCUGCGCAUUCGCAGUACGGCGGCCUGUUCCAGCCCACCAUAACGCAAGCGAUCCGCCUGUUGUCGUGCGGACCUUUUCUGCACGAACAAGACCCUCCGGAGAAGCCUGCGACAUCACUCAAGAGCCCAGACCUCAUUGAUCCCUUUAGCGGCGGGCACCUUACCUUCUCUACCAAUGGCCACGACACGUUUCCCGCGCCCUCGGCGUACAGAAACCGGCGACAUGCGUGGGUUCACAUUUUCCCCGAGGGCAUGAUCCACCAGAGCGAGCAGAGAAUCAUGCGCUACUUCAAGUGGGGUGUGUCGCGGCUGAUAUUGGAGAGCGAGCCAAUGCCAGACGUUGUGCCCAUUUUCGUGGAGGGCUUCGACAACAUCAUGCACGAGACACGCACGUUUCCGCGAUUCAUCCCGCGACCAUUUCAGAACGUGCGGGUGACGUUUGGAGAAAAGCUCGAUACCGAAGAGGUGUUUGGUGACUUGCGCAGGCGGUGGAAGCAGCUUCAGGCGAAGGAGCAAGCCAAGGGCGAGCGGCUGGCGGUCGGGGUACUCAACGAUCCGCUCAAGUACUCGAAAGAAGCCGUGGAGAUACGCAAAGAGUGCACAAGGCGCGUACGGCAGGCGGUGGUCGAUGUCCGGCGGCAACGCGGGUACCCUGAAGAUGAUCCGAAGAACAGCCUCGCGACGACGUGGUUGCGCGAGGGGUCUCACAGAGAAGGGCGCAAGGAGGACGACAGCAUCACCAAGGAUGGCUGAGGGGGGCGCGGGCAUGUACUGUGUAGUAGUGUGUAUUGUACGUAUCUUGUAUAGUGUCAGAUUAGAUCAAGUAAUUACAGCCUCAGCGACGCCUGCUUGUGCGCGCCGAUCAACCGCAGCCGUGGGGUAUGCCCUGGGCGGGUUUCGUCGUUGCGGGUAAAGGCAGGCACCGCGACGCCUACUGUGUGUGCGGAAUCGCGGCCAUGGUCUCUGGCGUGCUCGUUAUCGUCAUCCACUGGGGGAGGAAAGAGAAGAGGAGGGGAG